AAUGAAUCAAUCGAUGAUAACGGUGCUUGACUUGACAGGCUAUUUCACGCAUGCGCACAAAUAGUUCUUCCUUUCUGCAAAUCUUCGCCAUGGCUCCGCUGAAACUCAAAAAGCAGACCGCCAAAGGUGGCAAGAAGAAGAAGCAGGUCCAGAAGUUCACCCUGGACUGCACCCACCCCGUUGAGGAUGGCAUUAUGGAUGCUGCCAACUUUGAGCAGUUCCUGCAGGAGCGCAUCAAAGUGAACGGGAAGGCUGGAAACCUGGGAGGUGGUGUGGUGAGCAUUGAAAGGAGCAAGAGCAAGAUAACAGUAUCUUCUGAGGUGCCCUUCUCCAAGAGAUACCUGAAAUAUCUGACGAAGAAGUACUUGAAGAAGAACAACCUCAGAGACUGGCUACGCGUUGUGGCUAACACCAAGGAAAGCUAUGAGCUACGCUAUUUCCAGAUCAAUCAGGAUGAGGAGGAGGAAGAGGAUGAGGAUUAAAUGUAAAGCCUUCCUCUGUUUUUUGUACAUUCAAUAAAUCAUUGUACUCUUAUGAUAUUUCA